GGGGCAUGAUAAAAUUCAAGUUUGCAGUUUAUCCAAAGUCUAUCAUAAUCGUGCAACUUGCAUGUGCGCACAGCUUGAUCGGAGCAACAAACAUUGGAGACUAGUCGCAGUUCACUUGACUGGGAGCGCUCAGCGCUCACAAGCACUCUCGGCGUCAACGCUCGUGGCAAGCACGUGUUCAUCAUGGUCGUAGCCGCCUAACCGACUUUCUGUGUACCGCCACACUGCUCUGUCUGUGCCCUUCAGACCCUUCCCAAUUUCGCUAGCUUUACUUGGGAUCUAAUAUAGGUAUAACUUCUUCAUGUCACAAGCAUCAGGCACCGACGACACCGAGGAUCAGCUCACUCACAACGAUGAGCAGCCUCCCCCGCAAAUUGACACCGUAGGACCCAUCAAAGAGGAGAAGUCAGAUAUUGAACCUUUGGCGGAGUUGCCAUCAGGGAUCUCGAAUGCUGGGCCUUCACAGCCGUCAGGACCUUCUCACGUACAAGGAAGCACAUCCAAUGUUCCACCAGUCGACGAUUCAGCUCCCGAGGAGGGAAAGGUCGUGGCGGACAAGGACAAGGACCAGCUAACUCUAAGCGAAUUAGCAUAUGUCAUGAGGCAAGUAUUGGACAUUCUCCAGGACUCCACGAUUGCAUCGAAGAUUGGAAAGGACAAACGGUCUCGUUUCUGGGGGGUGUACAAACGAGUCGCAGAGGAACAUGAUGGCGAGUUCCUUGAGCGAUACACUACUGACAUGGACAUUGUCUUGAUCUUCUCUGGUCUUUUCUCGGCUGUCAGCACGGGUUUCAUCGUCGCGAUGGAGUCCAAUCUCAGUCCCGACCCCAGCGACACUACGAAUUAUCUUUUGAAGCAACUCGUGCAGAUCGGACUCGGCAACCUUCGCCGAGGCAGGCACCGCUCCCGCAGACCCAGAAUCUACAUGGUCGCCACCUGCGUCGGCUGUGAAGAUCCAGUUGGUCGCAUACGCAAGCUUGUCCAUGAGCUUGCUUGCUGCAUUCGGGGCCGUACUAGGCAAGCAGUGGCUCGGGUACUACAAGUCGAGCAGAUAUGGCCGCGGCUCGGAGGAGGAACGAGGCAAGCGCAGGCAAGAAAAGUUCGACGGUCUCGUCACAUGGUAUUUUGAUGCUGUCGUGCAAUCCUUUCCGGUCUUGCUUCAGAUCUCCCUUCUUCUAUUUGGAAUUGCCCUUGGCGCCAAUAUGUGGUAUGACCAGCUGAGCAUCGCUUGGGUCAUCAUCGCAACGACGAUCUUUGGAUUUCUGUUCUAUUCCCUGACGGUGAUGGCAUGUUUGGUGUCUCCUGCUUGUCCGUUUCAGACACCAACAUCGACGAUGUUACGCAUGUUGCACAUUGACAGUGAGAUCAAUUUUACCAAAUUCUGGUGGUCGUUCCCCGUCUGAAUCAACAUGGCAGGGGUUCUACGCCCGGUAUUCAAACGAACCUCCAGUUGUUUCCAGCAGCUCACAAAGUCGCUGCAAGGUGAG